AUGGGCGGUCGAACACUACGAGCCAAUCUAAUGGAACCUUUGAUUGAUGUUAAUUCAAUUCAUUAUCGACAAGAUGCUGUGGAAAAUUUAAUUGAUGAUGAGAAAUUAAUGUUUCAAAUACAAACAAUACUUUUACAUUUUACGGAUGUUGAACGUAUUAUUCUUGCUUGCAUACAAGAAAAUCCAAGUCGUACAGUAGCAGCUGCUGAAAAACGUAUUACAAUGAUAAAUCAACUUCGACGUAUUCUUGAUAUACUACCAACACUUCAACAAGCCCUUGAACAAUCGACUUGUGAACUUUUGAAAAAUCUCUGUUCCAUUUUAAAUGAUCAACGUUUUCAAGCGAUACUUGAUCUUUUAAAUGGACAAUUAACAACCGAACAAACGGUUUCAAGUAAUGGAUUUCUUGCUUCGAAAAUUCGACGGAUUUUCGCCAUACGAAAUGGUCUUGACGAACGUCUCGAUAGUCUACGUGCUGACGUUAUUGUUCUUAUUGAUGAUGUUGAAUUAUUGGAAAAAGAAUUUUCCGAACGAUUCAGUAUGCCUGUUCGGUACAAUUUAACAAAUGCACGUGGGUUUUCAUUGGAAAUCAUCGGCGAAUUUAAAGGUGUUCUACCGGCUAAUGUCAUCUCAGUAGCUAAACGACAAAAAUCAACAUUUAUUACAACACUACAAUUAGCUCAUCUUUCGGAUCGAUUUGAACUUUUAUACAACGACAUUUGUCUGCUAACAGAUCAGAUUAUUUUAAUUCUUCUUGCAAAACUUCGGCCACAUUUUGGUUGUAUGUAUAAACUUGUUGAAGCCAUAUCAAUCAUCGAUAUGAUCCAAUCAUUUGCUGAAGUAACGAAAGCGCGUGAUUAUGUUCGACCUAUGUUCGGACCGAAUACAAAAAUAAGCAAAGCACGUCAUCCAGUUAUCGAUCUGUUCGGUCAACAGAAACCAAUCGCCAAUGAUAUUGAAUUAUGUAAAGAAAUGAAUGUUAUUUUGGUUACAGGACCGAAUAUGAGUGGAAAAUCUACAUAUCUUCGGCAAAUUGCUUUGCUACAAAUUUUAGCUCAAAUCGGCUGUUUCGUGCCAGCUGAACAAGCUAGAUUUCGAAUUGUUCAUGAAAUUUUCUCAAAAAUUCGUCAACACGAUAAUUUAUUUACGGGACAAUCGACAUUUUCAUCUGAAAUCAAUCAUAUCUCAUUUAUUCUUAGCUCGAUGACACCAAACUCAAUGAUUAUUCUUGACGAAAUUUGUUCAAGUACAUCGACAAACGAAGGUCUGGCUUUAGCUACCAGUAUAACUGAAACAUUGUGUCGUUCACAAGCAUUUUCAAUCAUUGCAACACAUUUACAACAAUUAACAUCUGUUGGUUACAUCCAUCGAAAUCUUGCUAAUUACCACUUCGAUGUUAUUUAUAAUGAUAAAAUCAGUAGCGACGUUGAUAGUGAUUUAACACAUCGCUCACGUCAUUUUCAUCCACCACAGGCAAUGCUCAAUCGAUUACAAGAACAGAAUAAUAUUAUCUAUUCCUAUACACUUCGACCGGGCAUAUGCAAAGAUCUUCAUUACGGCAUUGCUCUAGCGUCACAAAUUGAAGAUUUACAAACAGUUGUCGAAUUAGCUAAAUGUGUAGCUAAAUAUUACAUCCGAAAAAAAGAGUCGGUGAUGAAUCAACUGUCGAAUAUUCCGAAUUUAUUGAUGAAACGUGUUAUUAUCAUGAAAAGUUUCUGUGAUUUAAUUUAUGAUGUAUUGAAUAAUGCAAUACAAUUUAUCGAACAACAACGUGUUUAUCUUGAAAACUUUCAAAAACGUAUGCACCAACAUUGGUCAAUAUCAUCAGAGGAAGACGAUGAUGACAUUCCAAUCGAAUUAACUUCAUCGCCUACCAUUGAAAAUGAAUAG